AUUCGUGUAUUGUGACUUUCUAAUAAAACGCAACAGAUACACACGCAAGACGUAUCUUACUCGAUGAUAACCUAAUGGCCAGUCGUUCACUGUUGUUUGAGGAGUUAUGUACGAGUUCUUCAACAAGCUAAAAGUUUUAAUUCAAAGGAAAGAUUUCAUUGAGAUUUAUAAUAAGCAAAAAUGGUUCAGGAUGAGAAAACCACUACUCAAUCUCCACUUGUCACAUCAAAUAAUGUAGGACAUGAUAAAGUUUCACAUACUUUGGUGUUUUAUGUGAAUGGCAAGGAGGUUGUAGAUGACAAUGUCGAUCCACAAUGGACUUUACUAUGGUAUUUGAGAAAUAAAUUACACUUAACCGGCACGAAAUUGGGUUGUGCAGAAGGUGGUUGUGGAGCGUGCACUGUAAUGAUAUCAAAAUUAGACCGUGCAACAGAGGUUAUUACACAUUUAGCAGUAAACGCGUGCUUGACUCCAGUUUGUGCUAUGCAUGGUCUAGCGGUUACCACCGUCGAAGGUAUUGGAAGUGUUAAAACGAAACUUCAUCCGGUUCAAGAGCGCAUAGCAAAAGCACACGGGUCACAAUGCGGUUUUUGCACACCUGGGAUUGUGAUGUCUAUGUACGCAUUGCUACGAAACACUCCUAAACCAACCAUGAAGGAUCUUGAAAUUGCCUUUCAAGGAAAUUUAUGCAGGUGUACUGGGUACCGCCCUAUCAUAGAGGCUUAUAGAACCUUUACGGAAGAAUGGGAAACAAUGCAAUUAAUGUCAAAAAGUAAUGAAAAAUCUUUAACAAAUGGAGAAUGUCCUAUGGGAGAAAAUUGUUGUAAAAAGAUACCAAUAGCAGAACCUACAGAAGUUUUUGAUACGAAAGAAUUCUGUCUGUAUGAUCCUUCUCAAGAAAUUAUAUUUCCACCCAAGUUACACAUUUCUAAGCACCUAGAUGAAGAAUACUUAAUAAUAAAAGGAAAAGAUGUCACAUGGUACAGACCAAAAACUCUUACUGAGUUAUUGCGAUUAAAAAAUCAAUAUCCAAAUGCAAAAAUUGUUGUAGGAAACACAGAGAUAGGGGUUGAAGUUAAAUUCAAGUACUUAUCCUAUCCAGUUCUUAUACAGCCUAUUUUAAUUAAAGAAAUGCAUGUUAUAGAAGAAUAUCCAAAAUUAUUGAAUGUAGGUGCUAGUGUCACACUUGUUGAGAUGGAGAAAGCCUUACGAAAUCAAAUUGCCAUAAAACCUGAAUACCAAACAAGAAUUUUUACUGAAAUAAUUAAUAUGCUUCAUUGGUUUGCUGGGAAACAAAUCAGAAAUGUUGCAGCUGUUGGUGGAAAUAUAAUGACAGGAAGUCCCAUAUCAGAUCUAAAUCCAAUUUUUAUGGCAGCUGGAAUAAAACUGAAUGUUUCGAGCAUGAAGAAUGGAGUCAGGCUUAUUCCAAUGGAUCAUACUUUUUUUAAGGGCUAUAGACAAAAUGUUGUUUCACCAGAAGAGAUUUUACUUUCGAUUCAAAUACCGUUUUCCGAAAAAAAUCAAUAUUUUGUUGCCUAUAAACAAGCAAGAAGGCGAGACGAUGACAUUGCUAUCGUUAAUAUGGCAUUAAAUAUAUUCUUUGAACCAGAAAGUGACAUUGUUAAUCAAGCACAUCUGGCUUUUGGUGGAAUGGCUCCAACGACAGUUUUAGCUAGAAAAACUUGUGACAUUAUGGUUGGAAGAAAAUGGAACACAGAUCUUCUAGAAACCGUUUACGAUUCAUUAUUAAACGAACUAGUUUUACCAGAUAAUGUUCCAGGUGGAAUGGUCAAGUAUCGUAAAUCUUUAACUUUAAGCCUAUUCUUUAAAGGAUUUUUACACAUAGCUAAAAAGCUCCAAGUAUAUUUGCCGAAAGAAAUUGAAAGUGCUGCAGAAGGAUUUCACACUAAAGAACCAAGGAGUUCACAAUAUUAUCAAGUGGUCCCAAAGGAUCAGGAGGUAAAUGAUUUUGUUGGAAGAACAGUUGUUCAUGCCAGUGCAUUUAAACAGGCAACAGGGGAAGCAAUAUAUUGUGAUGAUAUGCCAAAAUUCUCUGACGAGCUUUAUUUAGCUGUAGUUUUAUCUACCAGAGCUCAUGCAAAAAUUUUGAAAAUCGAUGCAACUAAAGCAUUGUCGUUAGAAGGAGUGGUUGCCUUUUAUAGUGGGAAAGAUUUACCCGAAAAGCAACGAUUUUAUGGUCCUAUAGUUCAAGAUGAACAAGUGUUUAUUUCAGACAAAGUGACAAGUCACGGUCAAGUAAUUGGAGCAGUCAUAGCUGUUAAUCAAGCUAUUGCACAGAAGGCUGCUAGAAUGGUUGAAGUCGAGUAUGAAGAUUUACAACCAGUGAUCAUUUCUAUAGAGGACGCUAUUAAACAUCGUUCCUUUUUCGAGCAAACACCGAAACGUAUAAAAAAGGGAGAUGUAGAAAAGGCUUUCGCCGAAUCGAAACAUAUUCUCGAAGGAGAAGUUCGAAUAGGAGGGCAAGAGCAUUUUUACCUCGAGACAAACGCAACUUUGGUAAUUCCCAAGGAAGAAGACGAAUUAGAAGUAUAUUGUUCAACGCAACAUCCUUCAGAAAUUCAGAAAUACGUUUCAGAGGUUUUAAAUAUUCAAGCUAAUAAGGUUGUGGUUAAAGUGAAAAGAUUAGGUGGUGGUUUUGGAGGAAAAGAGUCUCGCCCUGCAAUACUUGCUUUACCAGUUGUUUUUGCUGCAUACAAAUUAAGAAAACCAGUACGCUGUAUGUUUGAUAGAGACGAAGAUAUUAUGAUAACUGGAGGAAGACAUCCGUUUUUGUUAAAAUAUAAAGUUGGAUUUGACGAUAAUGGUGCGAUUAAAGGAGCACAAGUUUAUAUUUACAACAACGCGGGAUACUCCCGCGAUCUUUCUUCGUCAAUUGUAGAACGUGCUAUGUUCCAUUUUGAAAAUUCGUAUAAAAUACCAGCAGCUGAUGUGUAUGGUUUUAUGUGUAAAACUAAUAUACCGUCAAAUACAGCGUUCCGUGGUUUCGGAGGUCCACAAGGAAUGUUUUUAGCCGAAACAAUGAUCAGACAUAUUGCAGAAUAUUUAACUAAAGAUCCUGCUGAGGUUGCAGAAUUAAAUUUAUACAAGGAAGGAGAUACCACACAUUAUAAUCAAAAGCUUAUUAAUUGUACAUUGCAACAUUGCUGGGAAGAGUGUCUUUUAUCUUCAAAUUACAAUGAACGGCUUGUACAAGUUCAAAAGUAUAACAGAGAAAAUAGGUACAAGAAAAAGGGAUUGGCAAUAGUUCCAACCAAAUUUGGUAUUUCUUUCACUGCACUGUUUUUAAAUCAAGCAGGGGCACUUGUACAUGUUUAUACAGAUGGUUCUGUAUUAAUUAGUCAUGGUGGUGUUGAAAUGGGACAAGGUUUACAUACAAAAAUGAUACAAGUAGCAAGCAGAUCACUGAAACUGAAACCAGAUAAAAUACAUAUAAUGGAAACUGCUACCGAUAAAGUACCAAAUACAUCUGCUACAGCAGCUAGUGCUGCUUCAGAUUUGAAUGGUAUGGCUAUUAUGUAUGCUUGUAACGAAAUUAUGAAACGACUAAAACCAGUGAUAGAUAAAAACCCAAAUGGAACAUGGGAAGAGUGGAUAAAAACAGCUUAUUUUGAAAGAAUUAGCCUUUCCGCUACCGGUUUUUAUAAAACUCCUAAUAUAGGAUACUCAUUCGAAACUAACACAGGAAAUCCAUUUAAUUAUUUUACAUAUGGUGUUGCGUGUUCUGAAGUAGAAAUUGAUUGCCUGACUGGAGACCAUCAAGUAUUGCAAACUGAUAUUGUAAUGGAUUUAGGAGAAAGCAUAAAUCCUGCAAUUGACAUAGGACAAAUUGAAGGAGCUUUUGCUCAAGGAUAUGGUCUUCUUAUGCUAGAAGAAAUGGUAUUUCUCAGAACUGGAGCCCUUGCUACUAGAGGUCCAGGUGCAUAUAAGCUACCUGGUUUUACAGAUAUUCCCGAAAUAUUUAAUGUAUCCUUAUUGAAAGGUGCCUCAAAUCCUCGUGCUGUUUACUCAUCCAAGGCUGUAGGAGAACCACCACUAUUUUUAGCAUCUUCCGUGUUCUUCGCAAUAAGAGAAGCUAUUAAAUCUGCUCGUCAGGAAUAUGGUCUCAAAAAUUACUUUCAAUUAGACGCACCUGCAACUGCUGCCCGUAUUCGACUAGCAUGUGUUGAUGAACUUACUUCAAAGAUUGCAGAACCAGAUGUACAACGUCAGUGGAAUAUUAUUCCAUAGAAAUAUUUUGAUGAACUAGACUAACUAAAGAAUAAAUACUAUCAAUUUUGUUACUGAAUUUUAUUACAUUGUAAAUGUAGAAUAAGUAAUAGUUUUAAAAGACUUGUUACACACAGAAUGUACUAAUUUUAUUAAUGUUAAUAAAAUUAAUGAAAUUA